AUGAAAAGAAAUGGAAUUUUAGAGUCGAUAUUUUAGAAUCCACCAAUCAAUAAAGUAAGAGAUCAAAAAAUCUUAGUUUUGCAAUUAUAAUAAUAAUACAAUAAAAACCAGGAAAAUUUGCAAAAUGUCAUUUAAAUAUGUGAAGGAGAUAACCAAUUUUUUGUUUUUGAUUAAUAAAUUAAACUUGUUUAAGAUGAAAGCGGCAAAUAAGGAAAUGGAUUAUGCAUUAUUAAGUCUUCGAAUGAAUUAUUGAGAAUUCUAGACAGCGCAUCAGUAUUUACCAAAAAGUCUAAGAAAGAUGUCAGAGGCAAAGGAAUAGAAUUUACUCACUCAGACUUUACCAUAAAAAUUGGAGAAUUCAAAAAGAAUGCAAAAAAUGCUAUGAUAUUUUAUGUAAGCUGCUAUUAUAAACCAUAUACAAUUCUACCUCCAAAAGAACUUUUAGAAACUUAUCACAAUAUUUAUGCUGCUUAUUUUUGA